CGAACAAAACAAAGCUAAAAGUAAAAGCCAAGUGAAAUUGUGCAGGAAACCUCUAAUCCGAAAAUGAGGCGUCUAGCUUUUAUAUUACAGACAUUUCUCUAUCGGCUAGGACGCAUGGCACGCGCUUGUGUGAUAUAACCGUAUGACCGUGUGUGGAUGUAGAUGCACAUCAGAUAGAGGGUAGAGGCACACACAUACGUAUAUGUAUAUAUUCACAGAAAGAAGCAGGACCCCUCUUAUUCAGUAGACUGCGUGAUGCCGAUUACGGGGUAAAACUGGUCGGUUCGGGUGCUUACGGGUACCCCAACGGUAGUUGAUUAUGGAGGGGGGUACUGUAAACUACCCUCGAGCUACUCCUAUAUAUAUAUCUCGAGAGACCCUUAGCACAUGCAGUGACGAGUCGUACCCCGAGUUUGGAAGGUUCCUUGUCAGCUACCAGUGAUUUCGAUCUUUCGAGUACUCUGUUAUUGCCAGUAUAUUUUUAGACUUUUAUUUUUGUACUUUGGUCCUAGUUUCUGGUGUCCUAUAAACAAUAAAAGUGUGCUGGUUAAUUUAAGUAAAAUAAAGUGGAAGAAAAUUUACAUUUUAUUUAUAAAUUGUCGUUGUUCUGUUUGAUUAGUUCAGAAGAAAUGUCUUCGGAGUACUCUUACUGCAGUGAAAACGGGUUCGACGAGAUGUCAAGCUCGUCUGAUUCGGGGUUUGACGUUAGUUUCGAGUCCCCGAAACACGAAAUUAAUUCGAUGGUUGAUUCUCUGUUUCCGCCGAUCAAAGAAGAGAAGAAGAAGAAAACCAGGAACACACGGUGCAAAAGUCCGACGCAGGUCCUGAAGCUCAAAAGAAACCGGCGAAUGAAAGCCAAUGACCGUGAACGUCACCGCAUGCAUACGUUGAACGACGCAUUGGAAAGGCUGCGAAUGGCCCUGCCCACAUUUCCCGAGGACACUAAACUCACCAAGAUCGAGACUCUGAGAUUCGCCCACAACUACAUAUGGGCGCUAUCCCAGACCUUGGGGAACAGCGAAGCCGGGGAAAUCACCGUCAACGUCGGCAACGUCACUGUUAGCAUCAGCGAGACCGGCAACAUGAUCACCUCUUCUACUGGAAGCUGUGCAGUCGCGGCCCAGAAAAGAUUAGGACCCAGCCAUCCUGCGUUUCCCUACCCCCAGGAGAGAUUCGUCCCCGAGUGGCAAGAGUACGAUUGCUACAGCGACCAAAGUGUCAGCCCUCCAGUGCAGUACCAGGCCCACUGCUACGAGCAGACCCCGAUGUACUCAAUUCCUCAUCAGCAGAUCAAUCAAUCACACUUUGCUCAUCAUAAUCACACUAAUAUGUACCAGUGUCUCUGAUUUUUUUUUUAUCUCUCAAAUGAGUAAUUAUAAAUUUAAUUAA